GAUCGCUGUCCCUGCGGCAGGAAGCGUCUCACUGCGACUGAGAAAAAAUGGCGACUGGCGUACUCCGAGUACCGCUGCGGUUUUUCCACAGGAAUAGCCGCAUUAUGAGUCGUAACGCCAACUCAAAAACACCUGAUAUUUGUAGACCGACUCAGAUUAGGACCGCGGUAUCCACGUCGUCUGGGGCAAUGCUUCCCAAACCAGAGAAAACACCUUUUGGUCUCAUCAGGAUGACGGUGGUGGUGGUGCCUUUUCUUUAUGUGGGAACUCUGAUCAGCAAGAACUUUGCUGCUCUGCUGGAGGAGCACGACAUCUUUGUACCUGAAGAUGACGACGAUGAUGAUUGAUGAUGAUGAUAUGCAACGUUAAAAGAGGGCACUUUGCAAUAUCAACUGAAAAUACCAGCUGGGACGAGAACUUUGGGGAAGAUAAGCACUUUGACUUCUACAGGACGUCUUUCAGAUCCACUCAUCUCUUAUCUGCUCUCUGAUAUUUAUCCCAUUUUGAAAAACAUCCGAUCUUGUGAAGCAGAACUAGUAGCUCUGCUUUCGCUCUUGUUUGCAUGUUUGUAUUCGAGUCAACUUAAAUAAACGGAGUUGUUUAAAAAUUGAAAA